CUUUCCUUUGCAGGAUUCAAGCCCAAUAUAUUCUCUCUGUUUUAUAUUCUUUCACAUUUUCCUUCUGUCUCUCUAUCGUUACGAGCUUCUUUGUUGAGACCUUCUCCUAACCCAGGAACAACAGUUUGUCCCUCGAUUUGCAUAUAGUAAUGGCAUCCGGAUCAUCGGGUCGGGCUAAUUCUGGUUCUAACGGUUUCGAUUUUGCGUCUGCUGACAUUCUCUAUUCUUAUGAGGACUAUAACAUCAACCAAGACUCCUCCAACGGAGGCCACUCAUCCGAUCCUGUUGUCGGGAGCAAUUCCAGCAAGGAUUUCCAUAAAAGCACAAUGACCAGAUUGUCAGUGUUUCCUGCCACUUCCUAUGGUCAGCCAGAAGACUCUUUCAACCAAGAUGUGUCUUCUAUUGUUGAAAAAAGCAUGAAAAAAUAUUUUGGCAAUCUCAUGCGCUUUCUUGAAGGAAUCAGUUCACGGCUCUCGCAGUUGGAAGUCUAUUGCUACAAUCUUGAUAAAUCAAUUGGAGAAAUGCAAUCUGAUUUAUCUUGUGACCAUGGGGAGGAAGAUUUAAAACUUAAAUCUCUUGAGAAACAUCUUCAAGAGGUCCACAGGUCCAUUCAGAUCCUGAGGGACAAGCAAGAGCUUGCUGAUACUCCGAAAGAAUUGGCCAAGCUUCAGCUUGUUCAGAAAGAGUCAUCUUCUUCAACCCAAUCUCAAUCCAAUGAGGAUAAAUCCUCGCCGUCUGCCUCUGAUGCCAAGAAAACUGAAAACUUUCUGGAAAUGCACAACCAGCAGUUAGCUCUUGCCCUGGCUCAUCAGGUAGCUCCACAGCAACAGCCAGUGGUCCUCCCCUCUCAGCCCGCUCCCCAGAAUGUGAUCCAGCAACAACCCUAUUAUUUAAGUGCAAACCAGCUACCUACUCCAGUAUCCCAGACCCAACACCCCCAGAGUCAGUACCUGCCGUCUGAUUCUCAAUAUUGGACUCCUCCAAUCCACGAGAUCUCGAGGAUUCCACAGCCAGCACAAUCUCAAGUAAAUCAAACACCCCCCAUCCAACCCUUCCCCCAGUAUCAGCUGCAAUGGCCACAGCAAUCACCUCAGCAGGUGCCUCCACCUCAGCAGCCCUCUAUUCAACCUCAGGUUAGGCCCCAGUCAUCAAUAGUUUACCCUCCCUACUCUUCUGGACAACCAACAAAUGCAUCGCCAGAGAGACUGCCUAGCAGCAUGCCAAUGCAAGUGUCAUUUUCAUCCGUUCCUCCUGUAUCCAGCUGUGCUGAUGCUAUGCUUUAUGGAUAUACUGGAGCCAGUAGAACUGGUCCACAGCAGCCUUCUCCUCAACAAGUGAAGGUCCCUUUUGGAGCACAACCAGGUGAUGGUUAUGGAGUUGUUGGCCCCCACCAAGGACUGCCUCCUCCGGGAAGUGCAUAUAUGAUGUAUGACAGUGAAGGAGCCAGAGCACAUCAUCCAGCUCGGCAACCUCACUUCCCACAGGGUGAAUAUACUCCCGCAAAUCUAUCUCUUCAGAAUCCUCAGCCAUCUGCAGCCGCUAUGGUGCGAAAUCCAAACCAUUCACAAUUUGUACGCAACCAUCCCUACAACGAAUUGAUUGAGAAAUUGAUGAGCUUGGGUUUUUCGGGUGAUCAUGUUGUCAGUGUAAUUCAGAGGAUGGAGGAGAGCGGACAGCAUGCGGAUUUUAAUUCUGUAUUCAACAGGUUGAUUGCGAAGUCUUCUGGGGUUUCGUAGUCUCAGAGGGGGUGAAGAGAAAGCAGUGGUGAUCCUCGUUGCUGCUGCUGUGUUUCUACCAUGCAUUUGAAUAAAGUCUGGCACGAUAAUAUCUUGUGCAGGCACAACCUAUAUUUUUCAUGGUUCUUGCUUGCUUAUCUCAUGAAUUGGGCUCCUCUCCCUUUGUCCGAAUAUUAUUGUACAUGGGGAGAUCCCAUUACACCUUAAAUAUCAACUACUGAUUUAUGUGCCAUCUGAUUAUGUUCCUUCACACACUCUGCGUUUUCUCCCC